AAAAGCAAAACAUCAGGAGCCAACCAAGUGCCAGCCCAAAAAACCACUCAUCGAUCCGUAAAACGCUACGCUCGCAACCUGAGCGUACGCCGCACCACUCGCACGGCGAUCGUGCAGGCACGGCGGGCAUUGGCAGCUGGUGACGCCGACUCGGACGCCGCCGUACACAAGGCGAUGAGCCUGCUGGACAUUGCCGCCCGCAAGGGUGUGUUCCACAAGAACACCGCAUCACGGCGCAAGGCUCGUUUGGCUGCGGCGUUGAACCGAUUGCAACAGGAAUAA